AUUUUUAUCCUUCCUGGAUUAGCUGAACCCAAUAUUUCAUCUGGUGGGAUAGUUGUUCCUGAUCUUAAUAUAACAUCUUCAAAGUCAGUUGCAUCUUUAUCAAGCAGUAUUUCCAAUCCAUUACCAGUAUCAUUUAUAGAGUGAAACGGAGAGUUUGAAAUAGCUCUUUUAUUAAAUAAUCUUUGAGUAUGGAUUUCACCACUUGAGUACAGAUAGACAUUCUUACUAUAAGUCGACAGUCGUCUUACAUCGUUCCCUUUCGUAACCAUGUCUUUUAUAAUUGAUAUAUGGAAUGUGAUCUGAGAUGGCUUGGAAAAAAAAUGAACCAGAUAUUUGAUACUUUUUUUUUGUUUUUGUAAACGCGAUUGUUUAUUUACAAAUAUUAAAAAUUAUGCUUUCCAGUUAAUUACAAGUCAUCUAAUCAAACUAUAUGACAAAGAGAUGGUUGAUUUCAACUUAAUCGCAGAACAUUAUGAGGGAAGGGAAGAAUUAGAAAGGAUACUAGUGGAAGACCAAGAAAGAAAGAGUCUUAUCAAGUUGGCGGUUUUGCAGAUUGUUUUAAAAGCUGAUAAACAUAAAAAUGUUGAUACUGAUAGUUUGAAAGGAAAGGUUGAUGAUUAUGAACUUACGAUGAAUAAAUUAAAACAGGACCAUUCGACUAAAUUGAUUGGAAUGGAAGCCAGAUUAUCGUUAUUAGUAUUGGAAAAUUUAAGUUUAAAGAAGAAAUUAGAGAAACAAGCAAAGGAUACUGCUAAACGUGAUGUCAUUAGUAACACUGAUCGUUCAAUAGGUAGGUCAGAGAAUUAUUUAUUACCCACAUUCAACUCAAUUAAUAGAUCAACAAUCUCUGAUGGUAAGAUUUUGACUCCAAUCUCUAAGAAGAGACCACCAAAAAGGAAAUAUAUUACAUCAAAUGUCAUGCAUCUAAUGAAGAGUCCUUUAACACGGAUACAUACUCGAGAAAAAGUUACACCAAGUAUACUCCAAAACUCUGACUCAAGCAACGGUUCAAGAAUAGUUUUGUCGACAGCAUCUAACCCACAACUGAAUGAUAGUGCACCUUCGGCAAAGGCUUUUGUAAAAGACUUUGAUAUUUCAUCACCAUCACCAUCUCCAUCGGACCCCGACUCACCCAAUGCAACUCCUUCAAAGGCAUCAAUAAACAAGCUGCAAGUUUCGGAAACCAGUAAAACAGAUAUCACACAAUCACAAGAUUCACAGGACAGUCAAAUCAGGCUUGUAGCAGACGAUACUUUUACGAGUGCCAAUUCUUCUGGAGCUAGUAACCAAUCAACAUUUUCAGGAGACGAAUCUAAAAAGAAGAAGAGAAAGAAGCUUCAAUUAUGGAAGUCAGAAAGAACUAAACAGCUGAUUCCUAUAGAGAAAAGAUCCCAUAGUUUAGGAUUAGAGGAUGAAAAUGUGAAUUCACUUAAUUUCUACGAUGAUGAGAACUUUUUAAACGAUGAUAGUCCGGUAAAGUUUGGCAACAAGAAAAGACCAGCUGAGCAGUUACCUGAAGAAGAAAUGGGCCAUAAAAAGCAAAAGAAGAACAUUUUUAAGAUAGAUUAAAACUGUAUAAUUAGACAAUUUUAAAAAUCAAAUAUAAAUUCAAAUCACGUGACUAUAUUGUGACCUGCAUAUAAUAUUCGAAAUAAAAUUGUAAUCGA